AGAUUGAAUUACAGUCCCUUGUCGAUUAUAAAAAUAUAGAAUUUUUGCAGCCAUUUUGUUAAUGACUACGUCUUUCCUAGUCAUAAAUUGUUUUGUUUUUGACGUAAUAUCUGGGAAUAUCGUGUAUUUCAAAGUAGUUGAACUAGUUGAUAAUCUUAUUUCUAUUUUUUAAUCUCGCGAAAAUGAUUUUCAUAUUAGACUUUCCCUUUUAAAACUAUGUUUAUUGUGUAAUGUAGAAUUUUUCUAUUAUAAGUUUCUAGUGGGCAAUAAGAUAUGGGAACUAAUCAACAGUUUUCUCUGAGAUGGAACAAUUAUUUACAUCAUAUUACUGAAGCAUUUGACACCUUAAGGGAAGAUGAAAAUUUGGUGGAUGUUACUUUAUGUUGUGAAGGAAGAAAAAUAAAAGCUCAUAAAAUGCUGUUAUCAGCCUGCAGUUCCUAUUUUAGAGAGAUUUUUAAGGAAAAUCCAUGUCAUCAUCCUAUAAUAGUUUUUCAUAAUGUUAAGUAUGAAGAUUUGUGGGCAUUAGUAUCGUUUAUGUAUAAAGGAGAGGUGAAUGUGGAACAAGAAGGUUUAUCAUCUUUCCUCAACACAGCUGAGCUAUUGGAAGUCCAAGGGCUCACUGGAGGGCCUAGUCGAACAGAUGAAACUGAUGAUGAAAAUAGUCAAGAUAUUAAGACAAACAGGAAGCAGAACUCCCCAAAAUCAUUUGCGAGGCCUGAAUCUCCUGUUCUUAAAAGAAGAAAAUUGCCUACAGAAGAUAACCUCAAAAAGGAUCACAAAACUCCAUUAGCACUAGUCAAGACAGAGCCCGAUUUUUAUGGAGGUGACUCGCAUGAUGAAUCAGAGGACCAAAAACCACAAAGUCUUUCACUUUCUCAGAAGCUAGAUAAAAAUUAUGAUAAUAAUUACAGUGAUGAAAAUAUGGAUGGAUCUUCUGAAAUAGGUAGCGCGGGUGGUUCAAAUAAUGAUAUGACCAAUAUGCAGGACUCUCUUCAGGUAUUUGCCCAUGGCCUUUGGAGGAGAUUGCACCCAUCAUUGAAGAGAUUUGGCUGUGACGAAUGUGGAAAAGUAUUUAAGCAUCCACGUUCUCUUGAUCAUCAUAAAAAGAUGCAUGAAGGUCGUACCACCUGUCCCUAUUGCCGUAGAGUGUUCGGUAGAAUGUAUGCUUUGCGCCUUCAUAUUAGUAGUUCUCAUCCAGGUGUGACAGACAUUCCGUCCGUUCAUUCAACGAAAUCUCAUUAGCAGUUUUUGUUUUUUAAGUAGGAAAAAAACAGGUGCAAGCAAGGAAUCAGUUUUUAAGUUUAUAUAAUUAUCCUAACAUUUGGAUAUAUAACUUCCAAUUAUUUAAACUUAAUUUUAUUUUAAAACUAUUUCUAGACUGUUUCAGUGUAGACUUAGAAAGCUGUUUUGUCAUAUAUUUAUUUUUAAAAUAUUUUUAAUAUCUGUUAGCAUUUCCUUUCCUACUUUAUUGAUUAUAAGUAGCAGCAUAUUUAUGAACUGUCUAUAAGCAUUUGGUGGUAGCGUACACACAUACCUUUAGAAUGGUGAAUUGAUAAUUUUUAUUUUAUAAUUAUUUAACCUGGUAUAAUUAAAAAGAAUUCUAAGCACCAGUUAUUCCAAUUUAAUGGACCAAAAUUGACAUUUUUAUUUAAAUUAAUUAAUAUAUUACUUUUAAGGCAAAUAUAGAGCACCAAAUAAAAUGUUUAUACCACAAUUUUCACAGUUUGAAGUAUGUUCUCAAAUCUUUCAACUUUUUGGGAAGUAGAAUUAUCUCCCUCUCCCUUCCCUCUUCUAUAACAAUGUCCAUAUCCAUUACUGAAUUUUUCGCAAGACUGAACACUCAUAUUAUUUUUUUUUUCUCUAGUCCAGCUAUAUUUUGUUCUCGAAAUUUGUACAAUCAUAUAAACGAUAUCAAGAAGUAAAAAGAGUAAAGGGAAAAAAAACUAUCUUCAAUGACAGAAAGUCUGAUGCUUAGAAUUCUGAAACAUUUUUCUAAUCCAAUAACGAAUAUUCUGUAAUCUUUCUUCCAAGUAAAAAAUGGUGCACUAAAGAUAUUUUUAUAGUUUAUUAUAGGAACACGAUGGAUACUAAAUAUUUUUGCAACUUUCAUUUAUUAUAUUAACCAUUGAUAUAUCUAUAUCUAUGUAUAAAAUGCACUGUUAUAAUUUUUGCCAAGCACACUGUAUCUUCCUAGUCAUUUACAAGUUAAUUUUUAUGUUGGGAGUGUUUUACAUCUGAAUUUUGUUUGUUUCAUAAUCCUUUUAAUAACAUAUAAAAAAACUGUCCACAUUUUUAUAAAGUUGCCUUAUAGUUCAUUUAAAAGGAUAUAUAUAUAUAUAUAUAUAUAUAUAUAUAUA